AGAAUUUAGGAACUUAACAGAUAAAGCAAAAGAUAUUGUAACGGAUUUCGCGAAACAACUCAGAAAGUAGAAAAGAAUCAUCAAUAUAAGGCCAUGUAGAGAGCAAAACACCCACCUGCCACAGCAUCAAUAAACCGGUCGUUGUCUCAACAAGCAUCAAUGUUUAGUCGAAAAGGUUCAAGCGUAAAGUCUUCAAAAUCCAAAAAAGCCUUCAAGAACAAGUAUGGAUACAUCCCAGACAACUAUUCUUCUCUAGAACAGGUUACACAGGCACUUAGAAAUUCUGGAUUGGAGUCUUCUAACCUUAUUCUUGGAAUAGAUUUUACCAAGAGUAACGAAUGGACAGGUAAAGAGUCGUUCAAUAAUCAAAGCCUUCAUGCCAUUGGUGAUCAACCAAACCCAUACGAGAAGGCCAUAUCCAUUAUAGGAGCGACUCUUGCUCCUUUUGAUGAUGAUAACUUGAUUCCUUGUUUUGGAUUUGGAGAUGUUACGACACAUGACCAAGAAGUAUUUAACUUUCACGACGAUGGUUCUCCUUGCCACGGAUUUGAAGAAGUCUUAAAUUGCUAUAAGAGGGUUGUCGCAGGCGUACAAUUGGCUGGGCCAACCUCUUUUGCACCUGUUGUUGAGGCUGCUAUUAAUAUAGUAGAGAAAAGCGGAGGUCAAUUCCAUAUUCUUGUUAUCAUAGCAGAUGGCCAGGUUACAAGGGGCAUGGAUACUAGCGAUGGAGAGCUUAGUUCACAGGAACAGAAAACAAUUACCUCAAUUGUUGAAGCAAGUUUGUAUCCUCUCGUAAUUAUCCUUGUUGGCGUUGGAGAUGGUCCCUGGGCUGACAUGAAAAGGUUCGAUGACAAACUUCCUGCUCGUGAAUUUGAUAACUUUCAGUUUGUUAACUUUACUGGUAUCAUGUCCACGGAGCUAAGCCCAACUCGCAAAGAAGCAGCUUUUGCACUUGCUGCCCUUAUGGAGAUCCCAACACAAUAUGAGGCUGUUCAUGAACUUGGCUUACUUGGACAAACGACCGGAAAUGCAAAGAGAAUAAAUCCACGGCCACCUCCUCGUCCAAGAGGUCGAGCUCAUGUUCCUCAUGUAAACAGCACAUCAGCUACACAAGAUGAUGAUUACAAGAUCUGCCCAAUCUGUCUAACAAAUGAAAAGGAUAUGGCCUUCGGAUGUGGACAUGUGGCUUGUAGAGAAUGCGGAUCAAGAUUGAGUCGUUGUCAUAUAUGUCGCCAAGUAAUAAGCAAUCGAAUCAGGCUUUAUACAGGGUGACACGCCUAUAGUGACCAUCCAUUUAGCAUCGUAUACCUAAGUAGCUUAUAAUAAAUCUAAUGAUUUCUGAAAGAAAAUACCAAAAAUACUGGAUAUGGUGGGUUUAUCAUCUGAAAAGGAUAAAUCGCUAUUGUAAUUGUCUACCAGAUCACAUUUUAUAUAUCCAUUAGCCGUGUAAAUAUAAUUAGCAUUCAUAAUUAA